AUGUCGGCGGAGAAUGCUCAGAAUUGGAAGCAAAGCGCCUGGUUCGAUGCAGUGGUAAAGGUCUUCAUAGUUUUUGGGACGUUCUUCCUCAUUGCUACCGUGUGGGACAUUGUACCACGCUUGACGAAGUGGUGUGGGGCCAGCGGCCGAGCUGGAGUGCCAACCGGGCCCAUUGCGACACCCGAAAUCGAGCUUGAAGGCUUUGGAGGUCAAGAGGAGGAUGCUGAUGUUGGGGGUAGGGACGUCGAGGCAGCUCUAGACGUCAGUCGUCCUUUAAGGGUGUAUGAUCCUCAAAUGAACUCCCAAGCUCUUGAAAAUGGCACCUCUUCUCGGCAUCCGGGUGGCUCUGACAGGCAUGAUCACGAAGAGGGUGAUAGCUCCGGUGUCAAUGAGGUGGGUGACAGCUCUGUGUCAUCUACUCAUCAUCAAGAUAAGAUGGAUACAAAUGAACGAGCUCUGGGGCAGCCUAAGAGUCAGCAAAUGUCUAGGGACAUAUGA